AUGAGAGAACCAUCCGAAGAUCAGGGAGGGAGAGGAGAACAGCGUUGCUGCGUCUCGAGCGACGCAGAGGGUCGCACCCUAGUUUCUUUCCCCGAAUUUUCCCACCCGCUUUCGAUACGACCUGUGCCUGAAUCGUUCUUUCAUCUCGAGAGUUUCGACUCCGAACAUACCGGCACUGUCAUGGCUCAAGUUGGUCGGGCUGAGAUUCCCGUACCGCCCUCCCAGGAACCUGAAAAUACCAAGUGGUUCAAUUGGCUGGCUCAGCCCAGCAGCCCCGUCAGCAGCCGGGUUGCCGUUGAAGGAAGUCGAGUGUCUUUGGAGCCUCGUGUCAGCCCUGGAAUUAGCGAGUUUCGCCCGCCCCAGCGGGCCAAGCUUCCGCCCUCACUCCCAGCGAGAGAAAUCACUCCAGGAGACUCACAUCAGAUUGACACCAGACAAUCAGAAGACACCGGCGAACUGCUUAGUUCUAGCGACUCCUCGAAAAUCCUAUAUCGGUACGAGGAGCUAGGUAAUAUCACCACCGAGGUCGAGGGCCAGAAAGAAGACUGCGCUGCUAGCGAUGGGAGAAGAGCAGUCAGUCGCACCAAACCCCCCGAUAGCUCGGAUCACCAGCCACGGUUAACUGAGCAACAAGUCUAUGCAGAACCGGACGGACCCGAUCCGGAGGAGGCCUGGAGAUCAUUCGUUUUCGGCAAUGAUGAUGAUAGUGACGCAGUCGGUAAAGCAGCAUUUGAAGAAGCGAAACAUGAUGCAACAUGGAGCAAUCAGCCACCGCCCUCUCCGGUUUCUCAUGACAAGGCUCUCCAAUCCGAUGGGAACAGCAACAUGGCAACAGUCGGCACCUUCUCUACAUGCUGUGACAAUGAAACAUCCAGGAAUACGGAGUCAUACUCGGCCAUUGAGAUGUCCGGAAGCCUCGAGGCUACAUAUUUUCCUUCAUCAACAGGAACAGGAUUCAACGUUACGGAAACCUCGAAUGACUCUGCUCAUGACUCGAAUAUUGGAGUUAUUGCUGGUUCUAGCACUAUUCCAGAUAAUGAGAGUCCCAUGGACCUUUCAGAGAGCGAUAGGUCUGCUACGUUUGCUGAUACCAGUACAUCAGCGUCACACGCCGCCGCGGCUUCGGUAACAACCUCGAUGGUCGUGGCCACAGAAUCGAGCGAACCAGGAAGAUCGGUGGCUCACUUUCGCUUCAGCCAGCCCAAAGUCUUUGUAGGGAGCAGAUCGAAACAGACACAAACCGAACGCGCCGUGGGGCCAAGCCUCGGGAUCACUUUGAAUAGAAAGGGAAGGGGUCGCCCAAGGAAGCGAGCGAACGAUGGCCGGGCUGAUAUCCGGGCCUUGCCCAACUACAGCAGCGAUCCGAUCGAGGACUAUGACGACGAAGGGUCGGUGCGUAAGAAGGAUAGAAAGGCUUCCAAGUCGCUAUUCCAGAAGCUUGAACUGGUCUGA